AGUUGAAAAAGAAAGAAAAAAACAGAAAAAUUCUUUGCUUUACAACAAAGGCUAAUUCAGAGCUCUCCUCCACAUCUUCUUCGUUCUUCUCCGCAACAAGAAACAACGAAAAAAAAACAAACGAAAAUUCCCAGAAAAAAAAAAUCAGAUAAUCUCAAUUUCAUCUUCAUAGUUGCGAAUUCCUCAGCUCUCAGCUCCGAUCUUCUUACAACUCAGACUCACACAAGCUGAUUCUUUCCCGAUAAAGGAUUAUCUUUAUUUCCCUCAUUUCCUCCUUGGGAGCUGAUCGAUCGGGUUUUUGAUUAGGUUUUAGGCAACAAAUAAGCCGUCGAGCAAAAGGGUGUUUCUUUGAUCUUUGGUUUCGAUGGCGGGAUUGGAUAAAAACGCUGAUUUCUCAGGGAAGACGAAAUCGGCAACGACGUCGACGUUUUUCAACAGGUCUCUUACAAUUCACGGGAGGACUGUGGCGGAUUCCAACCCCAAAUCCCACAAUCUCAAUCCUUCUCUGAACCGUACCACCUCCAUUACCAAAUUCUACACCCCCGUUGAAUCAGUGGGAACUUCUAUUAAAGGAAAAGUCAAGAACCUCUGUAGAUUGUUUGAGAGUUCCAAACCCGCCAAACCAGCUCCAGCUGCUGAGAUUCCUCUCAAGCAGAAAUCUGGCAAAUCUCUUCUACCUGAAUCACGCAUUUCCCCGUUUUCCACUUUAAACAACUCCGUUAUCCGCCUUCCCGGGACAGAGGAUAGGAUUGUGGUGUAUUUUACUAGCUUGAGAGGGAUUAGGAGGACUUACGAGGAUUGCUAUGCUGUGAGGAUGAUAUUUAGAGGGUUUCGUGUUUGGAUUGAUGAGCGUGAUGUCUCCAUGGAUAUAGCUUAUAGGAAAGAGUUGCAGAUUGCAAUGGGAGAGAAGAGUGUGUCUUUGCCUCAAGUUUUCAUCAUGGGCAAGUAUGUUGGUGGUGCUGAUGUCAUCAAGAGCUUGUUCGAGAUUGGCGAGCUUGCCAAGAUUCUUAAAGAGUUCCCCAUGAGACAACCCGGCUUUGUUUGCCAUUGUUGCGGGGACAUUAGAUUUGUUCCCUGUUCCAAUUGUAGUGGGAGUAAGAAACUGUUUGAUGAGGAUGAAGAUAGACUCAAGAGAUGUCCCGACUGCAAUGAGAAUGGAUUGAUACGUUGUCCAGAUUGUUCAUCUUGAGAAGAUAUCACCAGCCUUAAAAAAAACCAAAAAAAGAAAGAAAGAAAGAGGUAUUUAUUUCUCUUUUGAUAUUUCCAUUGUUGUGUAGAACAGUGAAUGAUGCUAGGAGUAUCCGAAAAUCUCUUUUGGAUCAGCAGCAUUUCACUUUGGGGUUUCAAGGUCUGCGAUCAACGGUGAUUGGGAAUGCUGAUGAUCGCGGAUUUUUUAGUUAUGUAUGUUUGCUACUACUAAGGACUAAUGUAAUUGUGUAGUCAAAAUGUCGAAACUGGUAGUAAGCAUUUUGACGUUCGUGUGUCAAUGUUGUGAAAGACAACUUUGUUGGUAUGCUAUGUAUUUGAUUUGUAAAUACUUAGUGUGUUUUAUGGGUAUUGUGUUGAUUACGACA